CCUCGCUGCUUCCUCCCUUCCCUCUUUCUCUCUCCUCCCACCGGAGAAAGAGGCUGGGAGCCGGCCAGGCGGGGAAUGCGCAAGUCCCAUCCCCAUCAUGGCGCUCGGGCGGCGGGCGCUGCUCCUCCUUUGGCUCCUGUGCCCCUUGCUCCGAUACCGAAUCUUUGCUGUAGAGCUGAUAUCCACCAACCAGAACCCUGUUGUGCAGGAGUUUCAGCGUGCUGAACUUUCCUGCAUCAUUGCCACCACCAAGACAGCCAACCCUAGAAUUGAGUGGAAGAAGAUUGGAAGCAAGGAAACCACCUAUGUGUUCUUCGACAACAAGAUGCAGGGAGAUUGGGCGAACCGUGCCCAGCUCAACAGCAGAACCUCACUGGUCAUCUCCAACGUGACCCGGGCAGAUAAAGGGAUCUACCGGUGCGAAGUGGUGGCACCUGAGGAUGCACGAAUUGGAGCAGAGAUCAAUAUCAACCUGACAGUUCAUGUGAAACCAGUGCCCCCAAAGUGCCACGUGCCCCAAUCUGUGCCUGUGGGCAAAUCUGCCACCCUCCAGUGCCAGGAAAAGGAAGGUUUCCCAGAGCCGACAUACAACUGGUACCGUAAUGGUGAGGCUUUGCCGCUCGACUCUAAAUCCAGCUCCAAAUUCCAGAACUCCUCUUUCACGGUGAACACAAAGACAGGCACAUUGGUUUUUAGUGAAGUGCAGAAAGGAGACACGGGCCGCUACAGCUGCCGGGCAAUGAAUGCCGUUGGCGAUGCUUGGUGCGAAGACUCGGUGAUGGAAGUUUAUGACCUGAAUAUUGCAGGGAUUGUUGGAGGCAUCUUGGUGGUCCUGUUGGUCUUGACGCUAACUGCUUUGGGAAUCUGCUGCGCCUACAGGAAGGGCUUCUUUAUCAACAACAAGCAGGAUGGAAACAGCUACAAGACUCCAACCAAACCUGAUGGCGUGAAUUACAUCCGCACAGAUGAAGAGGGUGACUUUAGGCACAAGUCCUCCUUUGUGAUAUGAAGCGGCGGAGGACAUUUGCAGUUUGCUCACCGGCGAGAAAAGGAGCCGUGUGUGGAAGCACUCUUUCUUCUGGAACUCUUUUAAGCAAGAGCAGAUGAUGGACUUGGUGCACGUGGGACGCAGCCGGCGGGCGGAAAGGACCACUACGCACACGCUUGUGCGCAACUCGGUUUUACUACUUCUAUUUUUUUUUUCCUUUUUGGCCAAAGUUGAGCAUCAAUUUUUAACAACCAAACUGGUCUCUUCUUCCUUGAGGAGGUAUCCUGUAGAUCACCAUGAUCUCCGAGAUUUAUUUUUCGCCUUUGGCCGGAGAAAGCAAUUCUGCAAAAGAACAUCAGUAACUUCUUCCGGGGACUCUUAUGAGUCUUCCUUGCAAAAGGUUGGAGGACUACUUUUUGCGGUCGUUUACAAAAGGGGCUAUCUAAAUUCAAUAGGGGAAAAAACAGUCUUAGAAACAGAUGUUCUUAUUUUGCCUUCCUUCCUUUCUUCCUACCUUCCUUCCUUCCUAUGUGUUACAAUGCUACAACCUGCCAGCAAAAAGUCUAGUAGCCCUGUCUUAUGGCCCAUUUGAGAUGACCAGUCCAGCAAUAGCAUUAAAAGUGGACUUACAGGCAUAAAGCCCUAGAAGAUACCUUCACCCCUCAAAAACCCCACUCUAAUGACCUAUCCUUGCCGUGCUGCCUUCUUUGUAGCAGUAGGCAACACAUGACAGAAUGAAUAUGUCACAAGCAGAGUUUAAAGUUCUAGGAGCAAGUCACUUUUGGUGGACCACAACUCUCUUCUGGUCUAAUUUAAUUGGUAGCAGCCAUACUGGUUGGGAGUCAGUGUGUAACCUCCAAAAAAGUAACUUCUCAAAGCCCAGACAGAGUAAUUGUUUUUGUUGAGUAUCUUCAUAAUUUAGGCAUUUGGUGGCAAAGCUAACUUCAAACUUGAACUUUCCAAUAUGACAGCGUUCUUCCUUCAUCUGCAUAGACUUGCCCACAGCUCUUAGGAAAUGCCCAAGAAUUGGGAGAGCAAGGCACAAAUUCCCUCUUUUUAGUUUAUUGCCAGUAGCCGCUCUCUAAAAAGGAUGAGCUUGAUUCAUUUCUUUCCUUUGCAUCCCUGUCCGCAAACAGCAUCUAAUCUGCUUUAAGCACUUGCUCCUUUCCGUGCCGGUCUACGCUUCCCAAUGUCUCCCCAAUCUGGGUGAUUCCCAAAAACCAAACCCUUCUGAUAUACAGGGCAAAUAUUCCAACGUGUUACUGGGACCGAAGGUCGGGCUUUUCUACUCUUCCCCGUUCCUUGUUUUAUAAAAUCCUGCAUCCAAUUUCUUCUUUGCAAAGAUAUAUUUUGAUUACUUAAAAAAAACAUAGUGGUUAAUGUUUCUAUUUAAAGUGUAAAUAAGGUUGGUUGGCCAAACAGUGUUAAGUAACAAUGCAGAUAUUUUUAAAACUUUUUUUUGUUAAAUGUUUGGUGGUUUUGCUUAAUGAUGUUGGGCAAGGCUUCUGGUGCUGAAUCAAACCAUAUCAGUAUUGUGAGCAGCGCCAAAGACACAGAACUGUAGAAAUAAGCAAGAAAGCAUUUCUUUCCUUGAUGGGGGAAUAUAAUGAGGUGGGAUGAAGAGGAGAUGGGUGAAAAAUUUGUAACCUGCAGUAGAAGGAAUUCUAUGGUCCCACCUACACUGCAGUAUAAUGCAGUUUUAAAAUGCAUUAUAUCGUCAGUGUAGACUCAUAUAAUGCAGCUUAACUGCAGUGAACUGCAUUAUAAGUCCACACUGACCAUAUAAUGCAGUUUCAAACUGCAUUAUAGGUUAGUAUAGAUGUGUCAUAUUUUUGCUCUUUUUUGAGAAAGAUAAUGGCCAGGAUUGAAAGUAUUAGACCAUCCGCAUUGCAGAAUUAUCAGAGUUUGACACUACUUUAACUAUUAUAGCUCCUGGCAUUUGUAGUUUGAUGUAGCACUAGGGCUCCCUGACAGAGAAGGAGAAAUAGCUUACAAAACUACAGAGCCUUGUGCCAUGGCAGUUAAUCUGGUAUCAAACUGCUACAACUCUGCAGUGUGGAUACAGUGUGUUGUUGAAGGCGUUCAGGGCCGGAAUCACUGGGUUACUGUGAGUUUUCCGGGCUUUAUGGCUAUGUUCCAGAAGCAUUCUCUCCUGAUGUUUUGCCCACAUCUAUGGCAGGCAUCCUCAAGAGCUUGUCUCUGAAGGUGCCUCACAACCUCUGAGGAUGCCUGCCAUAGAUGUGGGUGAAAUGUCAGGCGAGAAUGUUUCUGGAACAUGGUCAUACAGCCUGGAAAACUCACAAGAACAUAAAGUGGAUACAGUGUGGAAGGCUCUCACCGAUAUGUCAUAAUAAACUGUCUUUGUGGUUGCUUAAACGUUUACGAUAGGCCAUGAUAUUUAUGUAUAUCUUCACAUCUAAGGUAGCCAUUUAAGCCCUUGGAUGUGUCUUUCAGAUCCUGGCCAAGACAAACACAAAUCCAAAGAGAAUGAUCCAGUGUGAUAAAAUUUUACUAUGUCUACAGCAAGAUAGCAUUCUCCUCUUCCUCUCCUACCUCCUUUUUAAUGUGUAUUUGCUUCCUCCUUAUAAAAACAAAUGCAAACUAGAGGGUGAUACAGGACUUCUUACUACAUCUUUUUUUAAUGUGCAGCUUUUUUCCUUUUGGAAUACCAAUGGCGGCUACCAACCCAUUUGGUUGUGAGCAGGUCAAUUCCAUUAUUUCUUUCUUUCUUUUUUCCCCCAUGUGUGAUUUACCCUAAAAGUGUUAAAUAUGGUGCCAUUCAGUGAAAGGUACCAAGAACAAUUCUUUGCUGUGAUGAAAAGAGAGUGUGGUUCUUCUUCUUUUUUUUAAAAAAAUGCAUAGUAUCCUCUUUCCCUUUUUUAGUGAUUGUGUUUUUCAAUUACAGAUUUAACCGUCUUAACUUUGGAUGCAGACCGUACUUUUUUUCUCCUGUUCUUGUUGUUACAUUUUGCAUUUUCUUUUUUUAUUGUGUUUCUUCUUCUUUGUGUUUCUGUAUUAAUCUGCCUUGGAAUAUCCAGCAAACUGUUGUCGUCAAGGGAUUUUUUUUAAAAAAAAGAGGGUUGAGAGGAGAUGUCAUUGGUGCAUUUCAUUUCAUUUAUAUACAAGGCGCUCAAUCCCUUUUCUUUCAAGGUGGCGACUAUAAAAGGGGAAUACGAACCAAUGCGUUACACUGCCGCCAUUUUUAUUUUGACUGUGGCUACCUCUUAUUUGACCAAAGUUGACUCUAUCCACUGCCAAAACAUUUUCCUCCCCAUAUACCUUAAUUCCGGUUGGAACCAUUGCCUGCAGAAUCGAAAACCGUUUCCCUUUUUUGCCUUAGCUCUUUUCCCAUUGUACCUGGACAGAGGAAAGGCUUGAAAGAUUGCCAUUUUAAAAAUGGACCAGCACCAUUCACCUUAAUAGCGUAUCCGCCACGAUUAAUCUGGAUUAAGAGCCAUGUCUUGCAACCUGGAAGCUGCAGUUCUGCAAAGGGAUCCAGAUCUAUUGGAAAACUCGGUUCAACCUCCUUGCAAAAUUGGGGAUAUAAUGGGAACAAUUUGAGACUUCGGUUGACUUUCACGGGAAUCAAAUAGAAGGUUGUCAGUUAACCAAGACCAAGUGGCUUCUUUCCUUUGUAGGAAGGGGGAAAAGGGUAGAAUUUUUAAUAGCACCAUUAUAAGAUUAUAGGGAGAUGAUCUGUUUUCAACUCCUCCUUCUCUGUUGUGGAAUAAGAUAGCAUCACAGGGAACAGAACUAGAUUGCGUUGAGUUCCUUAUGUCACCUACGCAAGGAACAUAUUAUUAUACAGGUAUGCAUUAAAAAGAAUAAAAUUAAGUCUUUUCCCAUUUGCAUUCUGGAGGGAUUAUCUUCAACUCUGUCUUCUUUUGUAUCAGGUAUUAUUAUGACCAUCUUACAGAUGGUAAGGUAGGCUUUUAUCAUUUUAGAUUCAUUUUAAUGCCUACUUCCCGAUAGCACUUGACGUGCAUUAAAUCAUUGCUUCCAAAACAAAAUUGCAGUUAUAGUCAUCUAUUUGACCUGCUAGUUUAUUACAUGCAGUUGUUUUUUCAGAGGAAGAGUAGAAGCUGUGACCCUACCUCCUGCUGUUCCAAAUUGCUAACAGUCCACCACUGAGUUAGUUCAAUCUAUGCAAUGAUUUUGGAAGGGCUCUUCCUCAUAUCUGUUGCCUUGUACGCCUGCAUUUAAUAUGAAACAAGACCUACAGUCUGAAGGAACCAAGAGCUUCCGUAGUAUUUAUACCACUAGCAUUGACUAGACCCAAGUCAUAUUGGUUAAAUGGUUUGUGUGUUGCAGAGACGGGUGCUUUCAGAUCUCUUCCUUAAAAUGCUGCUGCUCCAUUCUACUUUGAAAGUCAACCCAUACAUCCCUCCCCCCAAAAAGAUAUUUCUUUGGGGUGGUUGAAAAUGCACCAGUGGCAUCUCUUAACACGAUGGGGGCAUUGGCUCCCGAUAUGUUUCACAGAACUCAUUGUAAAUAUUUGACCAAUUUGUACUAAUGUAUUGCAUUUAACUUUGCCAAGAAUGUUUUACACAAACA